AUGGGGGCUUCGGGGCGUCCCCUGCGCCCCCCCCCAAAUCCCUGAAUGAUCCCUCAGAGGGUUUUAUCGGGGCGUUUCCUGCCCCUCUCCCUCCGACCCCCGGGAAUCAGAAAUUGGCUGGAAUUACACAAUGACGGAUCACGGGAUCCCGAGAUAGAGGGAUUCGGGGGGAUCGGGGUUUUGGGGUGGCCCCUAUGCCCCCCAGAUUCUCCCUCGCGAGGGCCUGGGGAUGCAUUUCUGCUCCCCGCCCCCGCCAUCCCUAUAAUUAAAAAUGGUCGGAAUCGCACAGCGAGGCUGGAGGGUUCAACAGUGGCAUGGAGGGAUUUUGGGAUCAGGUCAUGAUAGGAUUGGGGUUCUGGGGUGACUCCUGUGCCCUCCAAACGCUGAGCCCCUCCCCCGAUAUUCUGGGGGUGCUUUUUUUGCCCCCCAACCUCCCAAUUAAAAAUUGUUGGGAUUAUGCAACACAGCCAAAGAUUUAGCAGAAUUUUGUGAUUCUGGGAGCAUGGAAUAGUAAGAUCAGGGUUUUGGGGUGCUCCCCCUGCACCCCAUGCCCCCAAAGCCCCCCAAAGGGUUUAGGGGUGCUGGGGUGAGAGUGUGGGGUCUCCAUCUCCUUCCCUCACCCCAGGCACUGGUUCCUGAAGGAUGGGAAAAGCUCUGCAUGGCCAUACUGGGAUCACUGGAGGUGACCCCAAAAUCUCACAGUUGGACAACGUCAUCACCCCUGGCUGGAGUCCCCAAAUCCAUAUAGUGGAACAAGGCUGCUCAGAGACAUUUAAUUGAUGUCAUCAGCAGAUCCAUGUGCCCAAAUCCCAGGAUUCCCAUCCUGGGGACCCCAUCCCCAGGGUUCUGGAAUCCCUGUCCCCACUGGGGGUCCCCAUCCCCAUCACAGUGUCCCCAUCCUGACACCCCCAUUCAUGUGUCCCCAUGCCACUCCCAAUGUCUCCACAGGCUUGCCCUGGUGUCCCUGUUUCCAUCCUGGUGUCUCCAUCUUGAUGUCCUUAUCCCCAUCUGCCCCCAUAGGUCCAGGUGUUGCUGUCCCCAUACUCAUGUCCCAAUCCUGGUUUCCCUGUCCCCAUCCAGGUGGCGUUUUCCCCCCUCACAUUUCCCACUUUUUUCAUCUCUCCCCUUUCUUGCUCUUUUUCUCUUCUUUUCCCCCACCAUUUCCUUUAUCACCUUUUCCGCCCUUUUCCCCCUCACAUUUCCCACUCUUUUUUCUCUCAUGUUUCCCACACUUUUUUUUUCCUCCCUUUUCCCACCCCUCUUCCUCUCACCUUUCCUGCUGUUUUUUCCCCUCAUGUUUCCAACCCUUUUCCCCUCACAUUUCCGACCCUUUCCCCCUCACGUUUCCCGCCCUUUUUGGCCUUACGCUUCCAGCCCUUCUUCCCUCACAUUUCUGACCCCUUCCCCCUCACAUUUCCCGCCCUUUUUGGCCUCACGCUUCCAGCCCUUCUUCCCUCACAUUUCUGACCCUUUCCCCCUCACAUUUCCGUCUCUUUUUCCUCUCACCUUUUCCCACUCUUUUCCCUUCACCUUUCCCCCUCAUUCCCUCCCAGGCUCUCCUGUGUGGAGGCAGCACAGGCGGCUCCUCGCUCCAGCACCACCAUGGACUGGUUCCACUGCUGUCACUGCUUCCGCCAGGAUGGCGCCCGCUUUGCCAUCACCAACUGCGGCCACAUCCUGUGCGAGGGCUGUGGGGGCUCAGGUCCCUGCCCAGUCUGUGGCACCACCUGCCGCUACCUGCCCAUAUCUGAUCAGAUGCGCCCAGAGGAGAAGGUUUUCUUCAAGAACCCAGUGGCCCUCGCCCUCAAGCACCUUGCCCACAUCACGCAGGUGUGGCGGUUCCAGAUGGCACAGGCACAACUUCUGGUGGACUUGCACCGGGACAGAACUCGGCGGGUGCAGGCAGAGCUGGACAAGGCCAGAGAGGAGCUGGGGGAGAGGAGGAGGGAGCUGGAGUCACUUCGCCGGGAGAAUGAGGAGCUGCGCCGCAUGCAGCUCUCCCCAGGCUGGCGCUGGAGCAGCCACAGCAGCACCUCCCGUCCCUCCCCCACACAUUCAGUCACCCCCCAGCCCCGCCGGCAGCUCAGCAGUCAAGUGGUCAGCCGCUUGGCCCCACUGGAGCCCCCCCAGUCCCACAGCACCCCAGGAUGGCAGGCUGGCGUAGCCUACAGAAAUUCAGGGACCUCCAGCGUAGUGCCCCCCUUGGCUGGGACAAGCGAGGUACAGGGCUCUGGUCUGCGGCUGGCGAGGGGCGGGCGCUCCCAGUGGGAUCUCAACCCACGGCCAUAAAGGACAAACAGAGAUCUCUGACGGGAUCCGAGGCUCCUGAACAGGAGCUCCGGGGCUUCCCUGGAUGCUAUACCUGGAGAUAACUG